AAAAGAAACAGAAGUCAUCUAUUGUGUUAGAAGAUGGGACAACCAUCAAGAUUUGCCUUGAAUGAAGUAGUGACCAAGGGGUACACAUUCGUAUGUUCUGUUUCUUGAUUGGGAUGCUAGUUACAUGUGUUCAGUGCAUGAAAAAUUAUUGAGCCGUGCCCUAAGCUGUUAUGCAUUUUUCUGCAUGUAUGUUACACUUCAAUGUUUAAAAAGAAUAUAUUCCCAAACAUCGUCCCAUUUUCCAGCAGAGCCCUGCAGUGUAUUCAGUGUGGGUGAGGCUGUGAUUUGCCUUGGUCUCCUUGCCAGCUAAGCUGGAGAGUCAGAUCUAGAACUCGUGUGACUGGAUGGCUUUUCCACUACUUCAUUCUGACUUCUCGCCUAUCACUGUAUCAGAUUAGAGAAAGUUUCCGUGGUACUAGUUUUUGAUUUGCUGAAUGAAAAUUCUAAUUAAUAAAUUCACAAAGAUCUAAUGCUAUCCUGAAAUGCUCCUAGUAGAGACAUGUUCUAGCAACAAAAUAGUUUGAUUUUAUUUCUGCAUAUAGUGUGUUUUCGUGUCAUUUAAUGUAGUAUGUCAUUUUGGCAGCAGUGCUGGUUGUCAUGAUUCAAGUGCCAGUGUGUUAAAGAUAUUCCUGGAAGGCAAUUUAUUUUAACAGUGCUUAGUGGUGUGAUAUUAGGAACAUUCAAUUUUGGCAAGGUUUCAGAGAGGCAUUUGUCGGGAAAUCUGUUAUAAUGAGUAUAGUCUGUCCUUCUCAAUAAGCUAUGAAGUAGUCUAUUGUUUAAAAUUUAGAUUCCGGUUCUAGCUCUGCUACCAGCUAGUUACAUGAGCUUAAGCAAGUCGUUUAUUUACACACAUUCCCACUACCUGAAAGUCAAAUAAAUAUGUUAAUAUUACCCCUAUGCAUGAAACACAUGCUUUGCCUCUAUAAUGCAGCCAGGGGCAGCAGCAAUAUGCUUUUAGAAAUGGAGCCAUUAGGUAAGGUGUUAAAUUUUGGAGAUAGACAAAUUUCAGCUUUGCUGUUACUGGCAGUGUCGCCUUGAGCUACUUCAGUGUAAAGGGGCCGUUGCCAAGCUGCCCCCAUGUGCUUGGCACACAGUAAAAACUUAAUACAUGCAGUUACAGGGAUGAUGAUAAUUAUGAUUUGUUAAAUGUCUUCCUCAUUGUUUUCUAAGGUUCUGAGCAAAUGAUUGCUGUUGAGGGAUUACGUAACGUGGUUACUUGGUGAUGAUAUUCAGGGGCAAAUGUGACCUCUAAAGAAAUAAAUAUGAGAACAUAUAAAAUUCUUCCUAUGUGCAACCCCUAAUGUUGAAUUUUUGUUUUAAAUAUUCAAAUAUGUAGUGAAGUGUAGAGAGUAAGAAAAUGAACCACUCUACGCUGGCUGUCCAGAUUUAAUAAUCUCAGUAUUUUGCCACACUUGCUUCUGCUGUUUGAAAGAAACAAAGCAUUGCAAUUACACUGGAAGUUUCCUGUCCCCAAACCUGUGUAUCUUCACCCCUCCUGAGACGUAAGUGCUGUGCUGUCGGUUUCAUUUUCAGCAGUGUUGUUGCAUUUUAACCUGAUGUGUGUGUGUGUGUGUAUAUCUGAAGGCAAACAUUACAUAAAUGAUGUAUGGUAUGUAUCAUCCUGCACCCUGUUCUUUUGAUUCAAAUAUAUUUUAUAGAGUUAUCUGUGAUAGAAUAUAUAUCACUGUAACUCAUUUAAGUGCUGUAUAAUAUUCCAUUUUUAAAUAUAUCACAAUUUAUUUAUUCAUUUUCCUAUUGAUGGGUGUUUGGGUAUUAUCAUAUAUUUCUUGUUACAGACAAAAGCCACGAUAAACAUUGUACCUUUUGCACAUGUGCUAGAGGUUUUCUAUCUAUCUAGAAACAGCCAGGUUCUAGGCAUGCAUAGUUCCAGCCUUACUCAGCUUUAUUAGAUAUUCCCAAGUGCUUCAUCAAGUAGGUGUACCAAUUUUCACCUCCUCAGCAGGAUGUGAGAACUCCUGGUGCUUGCAUCACACUCACUUCAACACUUGGUGAGGCUUACUUUUACCAGUCAUAUUCCUGGGUAGAGGAGGAUAUUUACGUUUAAUAUGCAUUUCUCUGCUUUCUAGUAAUAGUGUGUUUCUUUUCCUGUAUUUAUUAUUUUUCCUUUUUCUAAGUGUUGCCUGUAUUCUUUUACAGUUAUUUUGCCCUGUACAUAACUGAAAGAUCAUGUAUUGUAGCUAUCACAGUUAAAUCAGUGUCAUUGGGAGGAGUAGACAAAUUAAUGCACAUACAAUGCUUAAUGUACUCUCUGUCCUAUAGUAAGAAGAAGUUAAUAUUGCUGACACCCCUGGAAUGCCCAAUAAUGACAUCAACAAUAAAGAUACUUAUCAGUGGAACAGAACUUCAGACCUGGGCAACCAUUCUACAUUCCUCUUACAUUGUAGCCGUGCAGUUGGAUGUGAAAAAUUUCACUCAGUGGAGCUAGCAAUGUCAGGGCGUAGCUUAUGUCCUGUGUCAAGAAGGAGCAGGAUGGAGGAGGCGGAUGACCUGGUUCAGUCACAGACUACUCCUUCCUUCGGAAUAGGGUGAUCUAAUGAAGGUGGAUCAGUAGGAGCAGCGCACGCACCCUAUCUUCUCCCUGUUGCUGACUGUACAUGAUUGUUGUGCUAUGCCUUGUAUGACUAAGACCUCUUACCAAGAAUACCUGUCAGACCAUAAAACCACUGCCAAGGAGUGCAGGGGUGGCAAUGAAACAGCCCAACAGGAAAAGGAAGCUUAAUAUGGAUUCCAAAGAGCGUUUGGAUCAGGACGGAUGCUUGGAAUCUUUGAAGUCACUUGUCCAUUCUAUGAAGGAGCAAGCUGAAGAAGAAAAGAAGCCCAAGGAUGGCACAAUCCCUUUGAGUCACGCCCCUUCAGCGGCUGCACAGGGAGCAUGGUCUUGGGAGUGGUACUUGAAAGAACAGAAGGCUGUCGCAGCACCUGUUGAGCUGUUUUCCAAGGAUCAGUCCUUUCCCGAGCAUGAAAAUGGUUUUCAAAUUGGAAUGAGAUUAGAAGGCAUUGAUCCCCGACAUCCAUCGGUAUUCUGUGUGCUUUCUGUAGCGGAGGUUUGUGGUUACCGUCUAAGACUUCAUUUUGAUGGUUAUUUAAGUUGCUAUGAUUUUUGGACCAAUGCUGGUUCCCCUGACAUUCAUCCAGUAGGAUGGUGUGAAAAGACCAAACAUGAAUUGCACAUCCCUAAGGGUUAUAGAAAAGAUAAGUUUGUUUGGAUGGAUUACCUGAAGGCCUGCAAAUUGCAAAAUGCUCCAAAGAAAUUAUUCAGAAACAGAAGCCUUAAUGGGCCAAUGCCUAAAGAAUUUCAGGUUGGAAUGAAGCUGGAGGCCGUCGACAGGAAGAACCCUUCCUUGGUGUGUGUGGCGACCAUAGCAGAUAUUGUUGAAGAUCGCUUACUAGUGCAUUUUGACAACUGGGAUGAUAGUUACGAUUACUGGUGUGAUGUUAAUAGCCCUUACGUCCAGCCAGUUGGUUGGUGUCAGGAGAAUGGAAGAACUCUGAUAGCACCCCAAGGUUAUCCCAAUCCAGAAAAGUUUUCCUGGACAGAAUACCUGGAAGCUACUCAAACCAAUGCAGUCCCUGCCAAAGUUUUUAAAAUGAGGUUGCCUCAUGGUUUUCUGCCAAAUAUGAAACUUGAAGUUGUGGAUAAACGGAACCCCAGGUUAAUUCGUGUUGCUACGAUUGUAGAUGUUGAUGACCAAAGAAUAAAGGUUCAUUUUGAUGGUUGGGACCAUAAGUAUGACUACUGGGUGGAGGCAGACAGCCCUGACAUCCACCCGAUCGGAUGGUGUGAUGUCACAGGGCAUCCACUGGAAGUGCCGCAGCGAACGAAUGACCUGAAGAUCCUUCCAGGUCAAGCUGUCUGUCCUACUCCUGGGUGCCGAGGAAUAGGCCAUAUCCGUGGUCCACGUUAUUCAGGACAUCACAGUGCUUUUGGCUGCCCGUAUUCAGACAUGAACUUGAAAAAGGAGGCAACACUUCAUGAUCGUUUGAGAGAACAAACACAGGCAAAUUUGGAAUCAGACUCUUCACAUUCGAAAUCAAAAAACCUCUGUAGUUUGAACUUCAAUGGAAAACAUGAAAAGGUGAACAGUCAACCCAGACUUGUACAGCAGGCAAAGUGUUUGAAAAUCAAAGGAAAAGAAGAUAUUGACUUGGAUAAUCUCUUCAGAGAAUCCUCAGCGGAGCAGGCGCAGCAGGCACUUCACCAGUCAGUGUUCAUGUCCACGGUGUCAGCCCACCCUUUUCGGGACCUUCCCCGCGGCAGGGAGCAACACUGCAAGCUGCUUCCAGGCGUGGCUGACAUCCGGGCCAGCCAAGUGGCACGAUGGACUGUGGAUGAGGUGGCUGAGUUUGUGCAGUCUCUUCUGGGCUGUGAAGAACAUGCCAAGUGCUUUAAGAAAGAGCAGAUUGAUGGCAAAGCCUUCCUGCUUCUGACACAGACAGACAUUGUCAAAGUGAUGAAGAUCAAACUGGGCCCAGCACUGAAAAUUUACAAUUCUAUCCUGAUGUUCAGGAAUUCCCAGGACCUCCCUGAAGAAGAUACUGUCUCAGGCCAAGAAGUCAAGGGAUGAUUGCGCUCCCUGAACCCCUCUGGCACCAGGAGCUGCGCUCUUUCAGCAAUAAAAGUGGAGCACAUUAAUUUGAUGUGAAUGUCCAAUGGCCAUAUCCACAUUGAAUCUGGACUUUUUAAAGUGUCUGUGAUUUGUUUACAUGUUUAGAGGAUUUUGAUGACUGGUCCAGUGCCAAUGAUUCAGAGGCUUAGGCCCAUCUGUGGGUCUGGUUUAUGAACAUUGUUAUCUUUGGUGGGAUCCGUUCAGCUCUAAUGUGUUUGCAAGACAGACCAAAGAAGCCCACACAUCCACCUUUAUUCUUCUCCGUCACCAGAAAAGAAACCAUUUUCCAUUUACAAGCAUAACACUGUCAAGCGGUAAAAUAUUAGAAAAGCAGCGUUCACGAAUACAUUGUUAAUGUUUUUACCAGAACAACGUCGAGCUUGGCUCAGAUCUGCCAUGGAGCACAGCUAGUCUAAGACCUAGAGGCCUGGUGCUUUCAAAAGACUUCACGUGAGAUUUUUGUGUACUUUACUCAGGAAAGUGUGAAUCUCUAAAAAAUAAGAAGAAGAAGCACAUGUUUUCAUGAUUCAUUCAUUCUCCUUUUUGUUCCAUUAUCCAUUUCUUGGUUGUGCUCCCAAGGUUUCCUGGAGCCUCCACAAAGGAGUGUGACCAGGAUUAACAAGAGGACGGCGAGGUGCGCACUUCCGAAAGCUGGAGAGACCCUUCUGAGGACCCUCCACCAUCAGCGGGGCCUCAGGGGACCCUGUCCUAACACUGGUGUGGCUGGUGGGCCAGACCCUCACCUGCACAGAACUCCUCCCUGCUCCCACUCUGAAGGGCAUUUCAGGACUGACUGAUUUCCACCACGGUCUGCCAGAACCCCUGUAACAAGGAGCUGUGUUAUAUUACAUCUGGGGCUGUGUGCAUCUUUAAAAACGGAGACACACUGUUCAAAGGGAAGAUCUCUAAAGUAGGGAGCGUGGUACCUAUUCUUUGUUUGAAACAUUCCGAUUUGUUGUCAGGCUUUAUUUGUGUUUUGUAAGUGAUUGUAUCCGAGGCUUAAAUUGUGUGGAAUCAGUCCCACAGUUUUGAAAGACAAGUACCUCUUUUCUGACACUUGUUACUACUUUUACAGGUAGGAACAGCUAUAAAUGCUCUCCCGGCAGUGGAGAGCCACCAUCUGUGGGUGGAGAGAAAGAGGGAAUAGAUUCUAAAAAGAGGUUCUAUGUCCACUUGCUUCAUUAAGAAUGUUAAGGUUUAAGAAAGUUGAUUCUGCUUGGAGAAUUUCUCAAGCUUUACAUUUUUUUUUUCACUGAAGAAAAUAAACUCUAAGAUGUGUGCAUAUAUAACAUUUCUUUAGAUCCUUACCUAAAUGAAAUUUUAAUAUAUUAUUGGUUGAUGUAAAUUUUGUUUCUGUGGAGUUUUGUUUGUUGUUUUGCUUUUUGUAGACUGCCAUGUGCAGUUAAAAUUCCUGCUUCUGCCAUGUUAAAAUUUUAAUAUAUUUUAAAUGAUAAUAAAGAGAGAAAACAAAAUUUAUACGUCA